UAGCGACCCAAGUGACACUCGUGGCGAACAGACGUUUAUAUCAUUUUGUUUUGUGAAUUUUUGAAGUUAUGUAGUUCUGUAUUAAUGAGAAGUGUCAGUGAGAAAAGCGCAUUGACUUCUGCGUACGAAGUAUGAGUGGAGUAAGGUUGGAGGUUCAGUGGUCUCCAGUUCAUCCUGAUAAGUUCAUUACAUGGGGAACAGAGAUAUUUCUGUAUGAAGUAGCUUCUAUGAAAGAUGCUCCGAAAUUAGCAUGUUCAAAGGUCUCAGAUACGACAGCAGCUAACUUAUUGGCAACAAACUCAAAUCAUCAUUAUGUUAAAUGUGUUGAUAUCUAUCCACAACCAGAACCAGACAUAUUGCUGGCUAUUGGCCAGGCUAACGGGAAAGUAGUACUCACAACCUUUGGUCCAACAGCAUUUGAUGCACUUGGACUUACAGGCAAAGAAUUAGUGCCACGACAUGCAAGGCAGUGCAACACUGUUGCGUGGAAUCCUGUUGAUUCAAAUCUUAUAGCUGCAGGUCUGGACAAAUACCGAGCUGACCACUCAGUGCUGCUGUGGGAUGUACUUAAGUGUCCUCAUCAUGGAGAUGGAAGAACAGGUGUUGUGCCAGGUGUUUCCCAUCAGCAUCAAGCUUCGUCAUCAGCAGUUGAACUGGCUCGCCCGGUGGUAGAGCUUGGUCUGUCAGAAACAACCCAUUCUCUUGCAUGGUUCAACUCUCAGUCUAGAAGUCUCAUUAUUGGCAUGAACAACAAGCACCUGAAACUUGUUGAUCUGCGAGAUUCUAACAAGGCAAUUACUUCAACACCUACGAAGGCUGUGUAUGGACUUGUAGUUGAUACGCACAAUGAUCAUCAGCUAGCAUCGUUUGUGGAAAAUCAGAUUUCUGUAUGGGACACAAGGAAUUUUGAAAAACCAGUUCUUACCCUUACUCAGAGUAAACCUGUUACCAAAGUCUUAUGGUGUCCAACCAGGCACAAUCUGCUUGGAGCUUUAUUGAAGGACAGCACUGCCAUACAUUUGCAUGAUAUUCAGUAUACCGUUGUUGGCAACGAUGAAGUUGAGCCUUCUGUUCUUGAGCGAAGUGUGUAUCCUGGUACAGCAAACAACAUAACAUCAUUUUCUUGGCAUCCAACACAUGAAAGCAGAUUAUUGACCAUAUCUCUCUCAGGCACUAUAACAGACUAUGUGGCAUUUGAAAGGAUUACAGUCAACUGGUCUCCAAGUUCUCAUAUUGUAUGGACACAUGGCCGUCGGACCUUGAAACUCAUUAGUAACAAAGAUACUGUGUAUAAUUGUCUCGAUGACAUCUCAGUGAAAAUGAGGAGGAGAGCUGUGAAUGAUUAUGGGCUUAAACCUGAACUGUGGCAAAAUGGAGAUCUAGCAGAAGAUGAAUCCCUCAAAAAUUUAUGGCAUUGGCUGUAUCUUAGUAGAUCAUUAGUGGAAGAUGGAAGUAUGCAAGGUGUUGACAGCAAACUUCCAGGCAUCAAAUGUGUCCUUAAAAUUGACAGUAGUGAGACUGAUGGAUCUGAAAUCAUAAGCAAGCCCUGGAGUGAUCUUGGAAAGUCAGUCAACAUGACACGGAUUUACAGGAGUGAAGAUCGUGAAAAGGCGUUGCAGCUUUGUGGCUGGAAGUUUGAUAAGGAGUCAUCCUUAACUUCAUUCCUGGAUAGACUGGAGUGUGAGGGAUCUUAUGCAAGAGCUGCUGCCAUUGCUGUAUUUAACUUGAAACUACGGAAAGCAAUUGAAAUUUUAAACCGCGGAGCUGUGUCACAGAAUAAACAACAAUUCCCUUCCAACCUGAAUAUUGUAGCUAUGGCACUAUCAGGAUUUUCUGAUGACAGAAGCAGCAUGUGGCGUGAACUUUGCCUUUCAUCUCGUUCGCAGUUGUCUGAGCCAUAUCUCAGAGCAGCAUUUGCAUUCCUCACUGCAGAAGCAGAAAAUUAUGAGAACGUGCUGAAUGAAAAUGGUGUUGCUGUAGAGGACAGAGUUGCCUUUGCCUGCACUUUCCUUUCUGAUGCAAAACUACAUGAAUAUCUGAAGGAGCUGAUAAUCAAAUUAACUGAGGAAGGCGAUUUGGCUGGAAUCUUGCUCACAGGUUUAUGUGGGACAAGCAAUGAAGGUGUUGAGCUCCUACAGAGGUAUCUGAACAUGACAGGAGAUGUUCAGAGUGUCAGCUUAUUGGCUGCCCGUGUGUUUCCUAGAGAAUUACUGCUUGACUCAGGAGUGCAAGAGUGGAUUGCUAGUUAUCGUAUUCUGCUUGAUGCUUGGCGCCUUUGGAAUCAAAGAGCCCAUUUUGAUAUAUUACUAAGUGCUAGCUCUCCAAAUGACAAACCACCACAGCAAGUAUUUGUGUCAUGUAACUUUUGUGGAAAGAGUAUCUCAGCUCAAAUGCUGGGAAUUAUCAGAAACAGAGGUGCCUUUGCUCGCCUAGGAGCAACUUUACAAAAGGUUAAAAUGUCAUCAUGUCCACAGUGUCGUAAACCUUUGCCUCGUUGUGCCAUUUGUCUUGUUCAUAUGGGGACACCUUCAGGUCUGCAAAACAACAAUAGUACCAACAGCAAUGGUCGUUCAGCAGCCAGUAAUAAAAUGGCAGAAUUUUCAUCCUGGUUCACAUGGUGUCAAUCUUGUCGACAUGGUGGACAUGCAGCCCAUAUGACCCACUGGUUCAGGGAACAUUCAGAAUGUCCUGUAACAUCCUGCGCUUGCCGCUGUCUCUCUCUGGAUGCAGCUAGCAAAGUUACCUCCGUCAUUACUCAUAGUGGGAGAAUGCAGCAGUAACAAACAUUGAUGCUUCGUGGUAAUUCUGUAAGAUCCCGUACAGGAUUUAAUAUACAGAAUAUGACCUGGCCAAGCAGACUUUUAUUGUUUUGAAUUAAGGAAACAUCUGUAUUGAUGUGCUUGUGUCUUUAUGUUUAAAUCAGCAUGCUUACUGUACUUGGCAUAUUAUACUCAGACAUCUUUGUUGGUCAGAUGUGUCACAGUUAUGGCCAGAGGCCAGGAUGAUUAGGUGACCAUACCUAGGGGUGUAAGUCAAACAAAAGAACAUAGCUCCCUGAAGCCUUUGAGUCACACUGUAGUGGUUUGAUUUGGAAUGUUUAAGACCCACUGCACAGCAUGUUCACACAGAAUGAACUCUGUAAAAUUUACUUCACUGUUGAAGUAUCAAUCAGUUUCUCUAUUUGUUCCAUCACACAGUCACUGUGAAGAUGCAGUCUGCAUAUGACUCUGUUGGCAGUCAUUACAAAGAUGCAGUCUCCAUAUGUGAUGUGUGAAGAAAUGUUGAAUACAAGCUGACUCGGAUUGUUCCUUGUAUUUAAGGUACAGAUUGUAGUAAUGGAAUGUGACAGUAGAGUGAUAUUGGAGAGCUGGGUUCAAAAUAUUCUAUCUGGAAAUGGAAUAGAUCAAAAUCUGCCUGAUCAGUCCAGUUUAUUUUAGGAAACAAAUCAGGUCUUUGUCCAGUUCAUUUAACUUGAUCUCACAGAAGUGAAGUCUAUGGUCAGGAUUUUCUUUCAACAACCCAUUAGUUAAUCUUGAAUGCAGUACUUUAAUUUGGCUUAAUGUAAUAUCCAUUGAACUGGCUGUCUAGAGAUUCCUUGCUCUGGAGCAAGCCUACAAGUAGAUUUCUUAGUUCUUUUAAUUACUACUUGCCAAAUUAACACUUUUUUUCCUCUAACCUUGCUUUUCUAGGUCACCACAUUCCAAGAAAAUCAUAUGGUACCAUGUUCUUCAAAUUGCUGGUGCAGAUUGUACAUGGCCUUACAUGGUGGUAGACCUGAACCAAAUUAAUGAUCAUACUACUGUGCAGCACACUGGAAAACCGCUUUUGUAUCACGUUUUUAAAGCAAAAACCUGUACUUAUUUAGUCAAUGUAAUCACACCUGAAACAUGACAGAACAGAAAUGGUGUGGAACAGGUGUUUCUGUAUGCGUCAAUACACUAGGACACUUUGACUGAUAAUGACUGGGAGGAAGCGGCUGUUACUACCUGUUCUGCAUGCAACAGUAUACUGGGCAACCAGUACACCCCAGUGGAUUGUGACUUUGUGCCAUCUUGCAUAUUAAAAUGUAAAGUCACCAUAUGAGUAUAUGUAAUUUAUUUGUUUAUGCUGAUUAAAUACUAUUAAAACCUUGACAUAUUUCCACAUUAACCUUUAAGAGCCGAAGGACACCAUAUGGGGACCUUUAAA